AAGGAAUCAAACAGCAAAAACUAAGGGCAUGUGUAUCUACCUAUCUACCUAUAUACCUAUUAGUACAUACAUUUUUAUUAAUUUUAUUCCUUUUCAUUUCGUGCGUUGUAUCCAGUUGCAUCACAUUAUGUAUUAAUUAAGUGAACUAAUAGUGUUAUUUUUCGUUGAUAUAGUUAUUUUAAAAUCAGUGAAAAGUGUUGAAGUUGGUUGGAGUCAUGUAUCGUAACAUAUAUAUUUAGGUUGUAUAAUUGUUAGAAAAUAAUUAAUAUUAUGAUGCUACAACAAAAAGUUUUCAGUCCAACACAUAAUACAGCGGUAUACAUUCAAGAAAUAAAAUAGUGGUCAUGGAAGAAAAUGUUUAAACUAUUGCAAUAAUGGUUAACAAAAGACUUAAUUCCACCUAUGGAUGUAUUUUGUAUUAAUAAUUUAGAACAAUAAUGUUGACAUCAACAUCAACAAUACCUUCCACAUCAAUAAGUGGCUCUAGAGUAUCAAGCCCAAUCUGUGAUACAUUUGAUGAUAAUCCAAAUAGACUAACAACAUAUUUGCAUCAGAUUGCUGGAUGCUAUGAAAUGGAAGUUGAUAUAAUUGCAAAAGAUCAUUCUUAUGCUCGACCAUGGAAUUGGAAACCAGAAAAUAUUUAUGUGAAACCAAUAAAAAAAUUAUUUUUUCCCAAGAAAAGUUUGUCAACGGAGGUACCUGUCCAGGAUGAAGAAAUAGAUGUAGAAGGAGAUUAUAGCGAACCGCUAAUACCACCAGUAGAUUUAACAAGAACUCGACAUCAAAUGGAUGAACUUCAACGAUUAGCAAAUUUUGCCAGACCAGACGAAAAUGCAGAUUGGGAAGAACGACUUGACAAAAUUCUUUGGUCACCUAUUCAGAAUCGAAUAUUUACCAAAGUUCUUAAAAUAUUAAAUUCUGAGAGACUUGCAAGGCUUGCCAAAGUAAAUGAUAUCAUAGAACCAAUUUUUCGACGAACGUCGAUUGAUACGGCUACGAGGCGAUUUAGAGAAACUUUGGCAUCAGCUGGGUGGGAUUGGAGACUUGCUCAAUGGUUGCAUAAUUUAUUGUUCGAUCAUCUUCCCCAAGAAUAUCUUGGAAUUUAUCUUGACAUAUUGCAAACUUUAAGACUGAAAAUUCCUCAACUUGUCGAUAAGAUGAUUACUGUACAGCCAAACAUUAAUGCAAAAACAGGUUCUAUAACAUGGGAAACUCUUGGAUCUCUCCUUAAACGAACAUGGGAUCCAAUAACUUCAAAUUUAAAUAGCAAUAGACUUAAAAAAUUACCAGGAAAUCCAAUUUUAAUAAUAGCUCCUUCUGGAGUUGGAUCUAAUAUUUCUUCUCGACAACAUAAGUGGAUUUCACAAUUAGGAGCUUUAGGAAUGGUUGUAACAGUUCACACGCACUUAGGUUUAGCAGCUAAUAGAAUGACCAUGAUGGUGUGCAUUGAUCAACUGGUUCAAGCUACAAGAACAAAGAUUCAAGACAUCAGAAGCGAUUGUCCUGGUAGGCCAAUAAUACUCGUUGGUUUCAAUACUGGUGCAGCUCUUGCAUGUCAGGUAGCACAAAUGGAACAUGUAACUGCAGUUAUUUGCCUUGGCUUUCCUUUCUCUACAGUUGAAGGAAAAAGAGGUACACCUGAUGAUACAUUAAUGGAUAUUCGAUGUCCAGUUAUGUUUAUCAUAGGACAAAAUGCUACUCUUGUAAGACCAGAUGAUUUGGAAGAUCUUAGGGAAAAAAUGUUAGUCGAAACUGGUUUAGUAGUAGUCGGAACGGCGGACGAUCACUUAAGAAUAUCUACAGCAAAAAAGAUAUCAGAAGGUAUUACGCAAAGUAUGGUGGAUAGAUGUAUUUUGGAUGAAAUUGGAGACUUCGUAGGCAGCAUUCUUCUACAACCACAUCCAUUACCAUUAAGGUCGACAUUACUAUCAAACUACGAAAGCAAAAACAAUAGGAAAGAACCUCGAAAACGAAGGAACUCGACGAGCAGUUCCGUUGAAAGUGAGCCGAAUUCUCCAACAAUAAAAAAGUCUCGACCAAAUACACCUAUUUCUUCAACAAUGUCUAUUGGACAAAACAUGCCAUCAACUACAAUUUCGAAAAUAGGAACGUUUGGUACACAAUCAAAUUUAGUCACAGUGAGCGGUGGACAUACGAGUCAUACACAGACUGUAAAACGUAAACCACGAGUUAUUAAUAAUCAGAAAGCACACUUUGUAGAGCAUUUAAUAACGUCUAGACUUUCCGGAGAGCAAACUUCAAAUCCAGAUAAUGGUGGGAUAACGUUAAAUAUUGGUUCAUUAGCGAGUUUAGCGCCUAUUGGACCAAUACGUUUAGCUCCUGCAUCAACAGGUCAAACCGUGUCUACCGCACUUAAAAGUGCUCCUAAAUCUUCAGUCUCGUCAACUAAAGUACCUAAGAUUAUACCAACAAAUAUGCAACUGCAAAAUGUUCCAAAAAUGAAAGCAAUCGUUUCAUCGAGCAAAGGUUUUUCUAAAGUAAUAUCGAGCAACUAUAGGCAUUUCAAUAUUCCUGAUAAAAAUGGCGAUGCAAAAUUAGUGAACGUUUUAACGACUUCGGGAAAUCAAAUUAGAGUUAACACUUCGACUACUACAGCAAUACAUAGUAAGUGUACAAUUGGCACAUCAAAUGGAAACUUAUCAAAUAUCAUACAAAAUGGGAAAAAUUCUAUUACGCUCACACCUAGUUCGUCGUCUGCGCGUGUACCAACAGCUCCUAGUAUUCUACUGACACCAAACAACUCCAUGGCAACUAGUGUAAUACCAACCACAUCUACGAUAUCAAAAGUGAUGGACGACAUGGCAACAACCAGUAACUCUUCGCAUGCGAUGCUCGGUUCUACUCAUUCAUUGGAUACAUUCAAGAUGUCACAAUUACCUCGACAAGUAACAACCUGUAAUAACAACGAUAAUUCUCAUAAUACAUCAUGUGGGAAUAUAAUCAUGGUUGAAAGUUCUCUUAAUGCUAAACCUGCUUGUUCAUCAGUGAUAGUGCCAUUGAGUAGCCAUAAUUCAGGAACUAUUUUACCAUUAUCUAAUAAACUAAAAACUACCCAUAAAUCUAUGAAAAUAAUGCCAAAAAUUACAGUUAAUGCAUCCAGUUUGCAAAGAAUUCACAAAGCAAAACCUCAGACGGUGCAAAAGAAUUGUGUUACAAAUGAUAUCGACGACGAUUUAGGAAACAUAUUAGAUAUACCGAUAAUCUUUGCAAAGGAUGACGAUAAUUUAAAUUCCAUCGAAAAAAAUCCACCAUUAUCGCAUGUAGCUGUAUCUAUGGACAUGCAUGAGAAGGGUACAUCUAAAUUGAACAGUAACACUAAAGUUGUUCUCAUAAGCAACAAGCAAGAUAAACUGCAACAAACAACUAAUAAGUUUGCAACACCUUCUACUCAAACUAUUAUAUGUCCUAAUGUAGGUGUACAAAACUUAAAUCAUGUGAUAUUGCAAACAAGACCUCAAAAUUCUACCAUAGCUAAAACAAAAACUACAAUUCCCAUACAAUCACGGGCAAAUCAAGCCACUAUUAAAUAUACUAAAAUUAUUCUUGCAAAGAGAAAUUCUCAGUUGUCUCUUCAAACUGAUAAAAAUGAACCAGUUAUUGUAACAAAGACUGUUGAGAAAGUUAACAUACCUACACUCCUGAGUCUUGACAAAAACGAACACAAAUAUGCACAAAUCACAUCAAAGCAGUUAACAAAAAAUGAUGAUAAAUUAAGAGACGAAUUGUUUGAAAUAGAAGAUGCUAUAAAGAUGAACAUUAUAGAACGUAAAUAUAUUCCUAUGCAGCGAAUAGAUCUACCAACUAACCAAGACAAAAUAAAACAAACUUCGCCUGAAACAAAGCUAAGUAUAAAUGAAGAGAAUAAUUCACAAUCUGCUAAACUUGAUGAUGUAAUGAGUUUGCAAAUGUAAUUAUGUAUAUCUAAUUAAUUAAAUAGCUUUAAUAGUUACUAAGUAUAUGCGGUUCCUUAUUGUAGUUUAAUUAUAAUGAAAUUAAAACUAACGUUAUUUGUAAAAAAAAUGACAUGUAUAAAAACAUUGAAAAAUUUAAAAAAAACUAUAGAAUUGAUUUUACAAAAAUAUCUUGUAAACAAAGUUUUCAAUCAAUAUCAUUUUGUAAUAGCAGUAGUGGAAUGUUUUUUUCUUUUUUAACUUGAAAUAGUUUUGAGCUCCUUAAAAAAGUUUACAACAAAUGUGUAGACCGAUAUUUUCGAACAACGAUUCAUACUUCGUCGAUACGUGUUAUUUAUUGUAGACGUAUUUGAAUGUGUUAGGAAAGUUCUAGAGAUCAAAUGAAGACUAUCGGAGAGAAAAGAAGGAAAAUGAACAAUCUUC